GCCUCUCCCCGCCCCUCGGCCUCGGCUGCCGGUGCUUUCCUCCGCCUCAGCCGGCCUGCCUGUCGCCUGACGGCCGCAAAAGAUAUUUAUUUCCCCCCCUCCCCCGUUUACAGCAGCCGCAAGUGAGGUCAAACCACAGUAACAUCGUGACCUGCUGUGUGAUUACUGGGCCGUUCCUCUGCCUGGGCCAAUGCUAGAUCUGGAAGUGGUUCCCGAGCGAUCUCUUGGGAAUGAGCAAUGGGAAUUCACCUUGGGAAUGCCAUUGGCUCAGGCUGUAGCAAUUCUUCAGAAGCACUGUCGCAUCAUCAAAAAUGUCCAGGUUCUCUACAGUGAGCAGUCUCCUCUUAGCCAUGACCUCAUCCUUAACCUGACUCAGGACGGAAUCAAACUGCUGUUUGAUGCUUUCAAUCAAAGACUUAAGGUGAUUGAAGUUUAUGAUUUGACUAAAGUGAAGUUAAAAUAUUGUGGUGUACAUUUCAACUCUCAGGCAAUUGCUCCAACCAUAGAACAAAUUGAUCAGUCGUUUGGAGCAACACAUCCAGGAGUGUACAACUCAGCAGAGCAACUUUUCCACCUCAACUUCAGAGGACUGUCUUUUUCCUUUCAGUUGGACUCAUGGACUGAAACUCCCAAGUAUGAGCCAAACUUUGCCCAUGGCCUAGCUUCUUUGCAAAUUCCACAUGGCGCAACUGUGAAACGCAUGUACAUCUAUAGUGGAAACAGUCUGCAGGAUACCAAGGCUCCCAUGAUGCCCCUCAGCUGUUUCCUUGGAAAUGUCUACGCAGAGAACGUUGAUGUUCUGAGAGAUGGAACUGGACCCUCAGGUUUACGGCUUCGCUUACUCACUGCAGGUUGCGGCCCUGGUGUAUUAGCUGAUGCCAAGAUGCGGGUAUUUGAGCGCUGUGUGUAUUUUGGUGAUUCGUGCCAAGAUGUUCUGAGCACUUUGGGGUCUCCUCACAAAGUCUUCUACAAGUCAGAAGAUAAGAUGAAAAUUCAUUCGCCGUCCCCUCACAAGCAGGUUCCUUCCAAAUGCAAUGACUACUUCUUCAACUACUUCACAUUGGGAGUGGAUAUCCUUUUUGAUGCAAACACCCACAAAGUGAAGAAAUUUGUCCUACACACUAAUUAUCCUGGUCACUACAACUUCAAUAUCUACCACCGUUGUGAAUUCAAGAUUCCACUAGCUAUUAAACGAGAUAGCACUGAUUCACAGACAGAAACAUGCACAACUUAUAGCAAGUGGGAUAAUAUUCAGGAUCUUCUUGGACACCCAGUGGAGAAGCCAGUGGUACUUCAUAGACUUCUUUCGUGUUCUUUCAGGUCAUCGUCUCCAAACAACACAAACCCAUUUGGAUCAACGUUUUGUUUUGGACUGCAGCGGAUGAUAUUUGAGGUGAUGCAGAAUAACCACAUAGCAUCUGUUACUCUGUAUGGCCCCGCAAGACCCAGCAGCCAGCUGAAAACGUCUGAUCUCCCCCAGUGAGCGAUAAUGGCUAAUCAAAUUGCUGCAAGAUUAGUACAGCGUGCCUUGAUCUGCUGCCACUAAUUACAUAUAUUUUAAAAGCACGGUAUGAUGGAUAAUUUUUUUUUUUGGUGUUUAAAACUGCCUCUCACCAUUCAUGUGUGUGGGGCAGGAUGAAGAAUCCUUUCAGCCGUUCAUCGGAGGGCACAGAACUUGUGUCGGAGAUCAGCCGUCGGUCCCCGUUGCCGUUGGUUUUUCUUCCUCUUGGUUAUCCUCGUCCUUUUACAGCAUAGAUGCAAACAGACUGUUCUGUCUUUUCCUGAGCUGGAAGAAGGAAGAGUUUAAAGAAAGUGCACACAAAUGACUGCACGACUUAGAAGCACAAACUUUCUGAGCCUUGGAGCAUCUGGAAGCAGGUAUUGGAUAUAUAUAAAUAUAUAUAUAUAUAUGUCUGUGUUUUUGUGUAAAGUGUACCAAUGUGGUGGAAAUGCUUUUCAAAGACAACAAAAGGGUGUGUGUAUACAUGCACACACACAUACACACAUACAGAGGCAGAAAUAUAUUUCUGUGGCUUCUGACAUCAUAGCAAAUGUGACAAGUAUAUAUAUACAUGUCCAUGAUUUCAGGCACCACAUUUUUUAAUAUACCGUUGAAAACAAAGCACGAAGAAGCAGCAUGUGCAUAAAAACUUGGUUGUAACAAUUUUAAUUUUUUUGCACUACAUACACUUUAAAUUACUUGAUAAGACGUUUUAAUCUUCAUUGAGGAGCAUCUGUGUACCAGGUAUGAGUGGGAGAGGGGUGCAACGGUUUAUUUAAUUGUUUGCCACACAUAACGUUUAUUUAUACCGUGGGACAGAAUCAUCCCCACCUCUUCUGCACUAAUAUUUACUUGACAUGCUGAAGCAACCGUUUUUAUUUUCCUGGUUAACUGAUUUGUGUUGGUUUAAAAAAAAAUGUACAGUUUCUAGAAGGAAAACAGAAGUCAAGUAAAUUAUUCCUAUGUCUUGUUUUUUUUUUUCUUGGUGGUUUUGAUACCAUUUUCUUUUUAAGGAAGAAGAAAAAAGUAUUCUGUAAGAGCAAACACAGUUAUCUUGUCUUAUAACUAUGUGAAAUGUUAUCAGAUUGGAAUUUUUUGAUUCCUCAUUCUAUCAUUGGAUGCGAACAUCUCCCACCUGAGUCUCAUUGAAACAAGUGGAAGCUACACAGGUGGGACUUCUAUUGAACCUCGUCUUGGUGGGUUGUGCCCUUGGCAAUUAUAUAGCACAGGGGGGGGAAGCCCUGGCUGCCCCCCUAGAUGUCUUCAGAUAUCUUUAAUGCCAAAACAUUAGCCAAAGAGAUCCUUUAAUCAUGUUUCCUAAUUUCUGUACAUAUGCAGUGGCACUGCACACCCUGCCCAGUUGCCCCACCCUGCCCUGCAAACGGGUUUCAGCUGCUUCCAGUGUCAAGAGAUGCUUCUCCGCAGUCAUUAUCUCAAUCCAGAGGCAGCUGGGCUUUGUCGCUCUCUUGCCAGUCUUAUUGUGGGGACGUUAGAUAGUCUGUUCUCUUUGAAAUAUCAGCCCUUUAAAAAAAAAAAAAACGGAGAGAAAGAGAGAGAAAGAGAAAUGUAUAAUUUUAUCCCAUUUUUUUAAUAUUUUGGUGUAGCAACUUGUGAUAUGUAUUAUAGACAACUUUUGUGAGUUUUACAAAUGUGUGUACAGAUUUUGUAAAUACAAACUUUUUUUGUAAUUUUAACUUCAUGUACAGUGUAAUCCUGUAUAGUUUUAUCAACAAAUGAGGGAUGGGAAAAUUUUGGAAAGUUGAACUAAAAGUUUUUGAAAUCCUGGACCAGUAGCAGGGAUAAAUGUUGUGCGUGUGUGUGCGUGUGUAUUUUGUGAGUGCGCGAGGUCUUCUUUUGGUCCUUCCGUCUCCAUGUAUACUGUGACAUUCUAUACUGCUUUUACUUUUUUAAAAGUUUAAAAAGAAAUAAAGGAAGCCCACUGAGAAUCUAAUGGAUAAAGGAAAAAAAAAGUUUACCUUUAUUUCUAGAUGUUACCCUUUUUAUUCACAAUGUGCUUUUACCCCUAUGAUCAUUGCUUGCUGAGAAAUCUUUCUCCCCUCUCCUUUCUCUUUAUGCUUUCUAAAAGAAUUCUGGUUUUUUUCCAUAGCCAUUCUGUAAAUUCUAUAAAAUAAUUAGCAUGUACAUUGAAAGGUCAAAUAAAAGGAGACUCAGUUGCUGUGUUGUUCAAAUACAGUUGCUGGGGGUGUGUAUUUUGCA